AAUCCGGCGCCGACAACUCGGACAAAGACCCGCAAGCCUCAACCUCGCGCUUUGAGAUUGUUGCCCACGGCUCCAGAGGGCGUUGAGCUGGUAGUGGCACAGCGUGCCGGAGGACACAGCCCUUCGUCGUUUGCACGAGAGCGUAUGCGGGAGAUUGCAAGCCAGAAUGCGCCAUUCGAGGACCCGGACUUGAGGCGCCCCAAAUGGCGACGCGUCGUUUCGAGUGUCUUUCCUGGAUUCACAUGAGCGUGCACUUCUACGUUUCUCUAACUUUAUGAGCUAUGUUCUCACCGUUUCCUCAAGAAAUAGCAUGGCGCCGGCGUUUUAUUCCCUAUGGGAUUCUUUUCUUUUCUUAAUCUUUUAUUUUGCAUCACCGUGGGGAUACUUUUAUCUGAAUAUGGCGGAGUCAAGGCAGGCGGAGUUGGAAUAUUGGAAACGGACAUGUCGUUUUAUCCCUCUUACGGUUGACAUAAGACCACCGCUUCUCUCAACGUCUCUCGCCGCCAUCGAGCGGCUACACGAGAGGAACUGUUUGCAACAGCGCUACGGCGAAGCUUAUACCAAAUUACGAUGCAAUGCACCCUUCAUCUAGAUUCUUCAGUAUGAAGAAAUACCACGAUAUAGAGGCUCAAGUACUUCCGGUACAUUAUAAUACUGGGGGGCUUAUAGGAGGGACGACUAGGCGUUUGGAGAGGGCGUUUUAAACCAAAGGAUUGUUUGGUUGGUUCGACCACUGGGAUCUGGAAAAAAGUGUUUUUGUUUUUGUUUAGGCAGGAUCUGAAGGGGUUAUAUGAGAUAUAUGUAUCCAUAGGAGGCUGAGGCGGCGGCUGUCUGAUUUUCACAUGCACUUUUGGCAUACUGCUUGAUUGUCUAUUUGUAAUAGAGUGAAAUGUGACGUUUACUUUUAUU